CCGAAGCGAAUCCGAGCGAACCGCGAACACCGUCGAAAGCGGAGAAGAAAGAAUCAGUCACUCGUACGUAGUGUCAUUCGGUUCGGUCAUCGCGAAAGGUGAAAAUAUGGCGAUAUUUUCGUGCGAGUUGUGAAAAUUUUCCACCCAAAUAGAAGAGAAGAGUGAUCAAUUUCAUUUCGAUUGAGUGCCCCGUCCAGGCUUGUCCGGGAUCACCAGAAAAAGCAUGAGCUAUCAGAUCACACUACAGGACUGUAUCAAUGAUAAUACGUUCGAUAUCGAUGCAUUCGAGCGAGCGAUUCAGCAACAAGUGCCACAGUAUUUUCAGAGCUUGGCUGAGGAAAAUCCUCAGUUCGGCUCGCUGGAUCUAAUUCCUUCCGGAGGAGGAAGAAGAUUCGGCAGUGCAGCAACACAGUCGCAGCUGGAGGACAAUCAGGAGCAUCGAAGCGGCGAAACUGGAAGCGGAAGCAGUAGCAGUAGUGAAAAUAGUAUUCUUAUUGAAUUUGAGAAAAUUGAUGAACAGGAGGACGGAGGUAAUUAUGAAAACAAUACUCUAAACGAAGAAGGAGAGUCAUCGCAUGCUACUAUCACAAUCGAGGGACCUGAUAAUCAAGUACUGGCACGAUAUCGGUGCAACUAUGGCAGUUGCAAUCGCAGCUACAGCACGGUUGGCAACCUACGAACUCACAUGAAAACCCAUCGAGGUGAAUACAAGUUCAAAUGCACAGAGGAUGGAUGCACGAAGGCAUUUCUGACUUCGUACAGUCAGAAAAUUCACAUACGGGUCCACACGAAAAUCAAACCGUAUGUCUGUGCUGAGUCGAGCUGUAAGAAGGCGUUUAACACCCGGUAUCGGCUGAGGGCCCAUGAGCGGUUGCACAAUGGGGAAACGUUCAACUGUGAGAUCUGUUCGAAAUUUUUCACAACUUUGAGUGAUCUCAAGAAGCACUCGCGGGUACAUACUCAGGAGAGGCCUUACAAAUGCAAGGAAGAAAAAUGUGGCAAAGCGUUUACCGCUUCUCACCAUUUGAAGACUCACAUCCGUACUCAUUCGGGCGAGCGACCGUUCUCUUGUUCCGUUUCAGAAUGUCACAAGGCUUUCAGCACUCCGCACAGUCUCAAAUCGCACACCAAAACCCACGAGAAACCUAAAAAACUAUCCAAAUCAGCCAAGAAGCAAAAGAAGUUAGCUCUGGCAAUCAACAAACCAGACCAAAGCAUAGUUAAGGAAGAGAUAUUACCUCCAUUGGAGGAUCCACUUGACCCAAUCCCACUGGAACAGUCGCUGGUAGCGCCUGACCUGGACCCAGAACCGCACGUGCAGGAAGAAACCCCCUUCAACCUGGUAGAUUUCCACGAAUCGAAAGCCUUAGAGAUGGCUCUCGCAUCGGAAGAGGAAUUCAACGCACCCUGGGUGGACAUUUCCGUCCUGGAGACGAAACCCCUCGCACUGGAUCCGGUCACAUCGUCCUGUGUGGCUCUUCCCACCAGCGUUCCGUCGUACGUCGAUUUGCCGUUCAACGUGAACGUAGCAGGCUUUGACGACGCGGAACCCAAUGCCAGUGGUGAAUUGUUCAUGGACGGCGCCUACUACGAUCCGAACUUGAUAGAGGAAAACGCCCGCAAGGAAAUCGACGAGGCAAUCCAGAUAAGCGAACUCAAUGUUGCCCAGCAGGAACAACUGGGUGGAGGUCCGGAUACAACGGAUAACAUUUUGAACGAGUUGUUCAUGGAAGGGUUCUUGCCUUCGGGGACGGAGCAACAACCGCAGGAUAAUAACAACAAUAAUACUUUAGAGCCACCAAAAACCUUGAAGGACAUUACGGCUGAAGCAGAUAUCUGCCGAUGUGUCAACUGCCAGUGCGAUCCUAUGCAGGGUUGUCUGGGCGGUUGUGGUCCGGAACGCCCUUGUAGACCCCAGUCCAAUACAAAUCUUCAACAACAACAGCAGCAGCAACAGCAAUUAGUCUCUCUUCCACAACCGGUGCCGAACUACAAUCUCUAUCAGAAUCAACCUCCGUUGGCUUCCACGCAACCCAGUCAGGGAAGAAGCUCAGGUUGUUGCGCUCCCAGAAAGGAACCUCCGGCUCGAGCUUCAUGUUGCUCGAAAAAGUCUUCGAACCCCGCAGCGGAACCGAUUGGAGACCUUCUGGCCAAUUUGCUCGGUCAGCAGCAGACAGGAUGUAGUUGUAGUGGGGCAGACGAAGGAGUAUCCAAGGGUUGCUGUGUGGUAAUAUGUUUGAAAACGUUGGAAACUCUCAAGAAUGUCCUCACGACCCAGUCGAACUUGAUACGAUGCCAUAGUGCCGCCGCUAGUGCCAUUGCUAAUUGAUCAACUCAACAAACGUACCAAAAGUGCCAAAAAUAGUUAGAACGUAACUUAUUGUAUUUUCCAGUGCCUUCAUCAGGUCUUACGCGAUCAAAGAUUUUGCUUAGUGUUAAACGAAUGCUCGGAAGCGUUCAUUUUGGUUAGAGCUUAUCGUUUGUAAAGUUUAUUUUUUUCUUCCGUCGGAUGUUGUUAGCAAGCUAUGUAACCUUAGGGUCAGCUCUCCCUAAAACGAUAGGUAAAUUCGUUAUCGCUUUUCAAAAGCUUGUGUUUUUGCUGCUUUCGCAUUUAAGCGGUCUGCUAGUAUGGCCGCCUCAAAACCACAUGAAAUUUGAACUCUUUACCAAAAAAUUUAAGCAAUGUUGCGGGUUUACGCUUAAUUUAUAUGGUAGCUAACGCUCCCAAUGUGUGAUGCUGAUUUUUUAGUGAACAGUAUAAAAGAACACAAAUAGCGUAUGAUUUGUUUAUAUUUUAAUUUAUAUUAUAUGGAAAGAUUUCAGGGCAAAUAAACUGUUUGUGUAUUGUUA